AUGGUGAAGGACACAACCAAAUGGCAAGCCAGGGUGGAGAACCAAACCGGCCUCAGGGAAUUCAUUCUUCUGGGAUUUCCCACCAAACUGGAGGUCCAGGCCUUGCUCUUCCUGGUCUUUUUGCUCACCUACGUGCUGACAGUCACAGAGAACAUGGUUAUCAUCCUGGUGGUGAAGCAGAACCACCAGCUCCACAAGCCCAUGUACUACUACCUGGGGAACCUGUCCUUCCUGGAGAUCUGGUAUGUCUUGGUCAUCCUGCCCAAGCUGCCGGUGGGCUUCUGGUCUCAGAAGAAGAGCAUCUCCUUCCCCAUCUGCAUGGCCCAGCUCUACUUCUUCAUCUUCCUCAUGUGCACCGAGUAUGUCCUCCUGGCCAUCAUGGCCUACGACAACUACAUGGCAAUCUGCUACCCGCUGCGCUACCCAGCCAUCAUGAUCCACCAACUCUGCCUAUAGCUGGCAGCUCUCUCCUGGGCCGGCGGCUUCUCCAUCUCACUGGCCAAAGUGUACUUCAUCUUGCUGACAUUUUGCUGUCCCGGAGUCAUCAACCACUUCUUCUGCGACAUCUCCCCACUGCUCAACCUGGCCUGCACCAACAUGUUGGUGGCGGAGAUGGUGGACUUUGCCCUGGCCUUGGUCAUCCUGCUGCUCCCACUUGCUGUCACUGUCCUCUCCUACCUGUGCCUCAUUGCCACAAUGCACAUCCCCACUGCCCAGGGCAGGAGGAAAGCCUUUUCCACCUGCGCCUCCCACCUCACCGUGGUCAUCAUCUUAUUCUCAGCCACUGUCUUCAUGUACGCCUGGCCCAGGAGGAUCCACCCUUUCAACCUCAACAAAGUGAUGUCUGUCUUUUACGCCGUAGUCACCCCAGCGCUGAACCCUCUGAUAUACUGCCUGAGGAACAAGGAAGUGAAAGAGGUCCUGAGGAAAACCCUGGACAGGAACUGCUCCUUAACCAAUUGGAUAGGCAUAGAAUCAUAG